AUGUCCGUUGUUUCGCUUCUUGGGGUGAAAAUCCUCAACAACCCUGCCGCCUUCACCGACUCUUAUCAGUUCGAGAUCACCUUCGAGUGCCUGGAGCAGCUCCAGAAGGAUCUGGAAUGGAAGCUGACUUAUGUCGGUUCCGCCACUUCCUCCGAGUAUGAUCAGGAACUCGACUCUCUCCUCGUCGGCCCCAUCCCGGUCGGAGUGAACAAGUUCAUUUUCGAGGCCGAUGCGCCCGACCUGAAGCACAUUCCUGCAUCUGAGAUCCUCGGCGUCACUGUCAUCCUCCUCACCUGCAGCUAUGACGGCCGCGAGUUCGUCCGUGUCGGUUACUACGUUAACAACGAGUAUGACUCGGAGGAGCUGGCUGCUGAGCCCCCUGCGAAGCCUAUUAUUGAGCGUAUUCGCCGCAAUGUCCUGGCUGAGAAGCCCCGUGUGACCCGAUUUGCUAUUAAAUGGGAUUCCGAGGAGUCUGCCCCGGCCGAGUACCCGCCUGAUCAGCCCGAGGCCGAUAACUUGGACGAUGAUAGCAAUACCUACGGUGCCGAGGAGCGUGAACUCGAAGCCGCCCUCGUUAAGGAACUCGAGGAUGCCAACAAACAAGGCGAGGGCGAGCCUGAGGGCGAGGAUCAUGACAUGGAGGGCGGUGAUGCUACUGCUGGAAAGGAAGAUGAUGACGAGUCCGAUGCUGGCAGUGAGGAUCUCGAGGAAGACAGCGAUGAUGAUGACGACGACGAGCUUGAUGAAGAGGAGGGUGGUGACGAGGAUGUCGAAAUGGGUGAUGACUCCGAGCAAAAGGAUGACCCUGCCAGCAAGCCUUCUCACCAGGCCCAACCCGAGGUGAUGGUGCACUAA